UUUCCAAAAGAUUGAUGAACAACAUCUAUCAUCUCAAGGAAUAAAAUACAAAUAUGAUUCCUUUCUUUGCUUGCAACAGCUGGUAGCAUCACUUCCACGGAGCUCCUCCUCCUCCUGCUGCUGCUGCUUCGUGGCACUGAUCACCCCUCAUACCGGACUGCUUUGUUGUGGGUACAGCAGCCGCACUGCACGUACAGAGAAGAAGGUUAUGAGGAGGUUAUUUCUACUCAGACUGCAGCAGGAUUCGUUCACACGGUCGGGAAACACGUCGGCCUGCUGCAACAGAGAAACAGCUCAGCCGAGAGCACGAGAAACGCGCAAAGCGCUGGUUUGCACGCAGAACGUCUUUGCACGAGUCUUUUUGUUUUACUCCAUCUCCGCUGCAUCGAGGGGCGGAGACAGCGCGGCGAUACGAGGAUCCAUGAGAGACGCUCUGAACAGGACACAGCUUCAGUAUCACGGUAGGCCACGGUCACAGUGAUGAAUGCACAGUUACAGGUAGACACCGCGUGAGCCACGGUGCAGAAACUAGAAAGCUUUUAUGGGCUAGAAAUAAAACCGAAAGAGGUUAUUCAAAUAGAGAGUGUUUUUUUUUAUAAGAUAAUUACCUCAUAAAGCUAAUGCAGAAAAUCUGAGUGAGAUAGAAUAUCGAGCAGAUGGUUUGUCAGUGUAGCUUGGUAAAUAGAUUAUGUUUACUUUCCAUGGAACAGACGCAUAGUAAGCCUACCUGAGCUCUGCUCUAUGUCGGUCCUCAAAAUGGACCCACAACAGCUGUAGUGGGAGAAACCUUACCAAAAGACAUCCAGCCUCCUGCAUCUGUGUGCAGGUUGUGUAGGGCUGCAGCCAUGGAUGCUGGGAAGCUGGAGCAGCAGGUGGCCAGUGUGGAGAGAGGCAUAGCCUUCCUGAAGCAGGAGCACCUGACCAUGCUGACGGGUCUGCAGCUGGAGAUCACACACCUGAGGAGGCGCUGUCAUGAGCUAAGCUGUGAGCUGGACUCCAGGUUUCCUGACAGAAGCACAGAAGAGGAAGAAGCAGAGCUAGCAGCACGCUGUGAGGCUGCACAGCGGCUCCUAGAGGACCAGCAGUGCGUGAUGGUGGCCACGCGUGGAGAGCUGCGGGCUGGCCGGGCACGGGCAUCAGCACUGGGAAGGAGCCUGAGAGAAGAAGAGCGGCACUUCCUGGAGGAGCUGAAACGUCGCAGCCACAAGAUCACACUACUGAGUCGAGAGCUGCAACGCCAAAAUGUCACCACGACAACCCUCUGCCACGAGCUCCACACCGCACGCUUAAAACUGUUCCAGCAACGGCAGCAGAGCACAGAGUCUGGGGCCGAGGGAGAGGGGGAACCCAGAGGAAAGGAGGAAGAUGAGAAUGAUGAUGAUGAUGAAGAAGAAGACGAAGGUGAGGAGGAUGAAGAUUACGAAGGGGAGGGCUCAGACUGGCUCCUGUCUCCACCUCCCCCGGCCUCUCCUAGCCAACCAGAAGCGAGACACAAGAGGCGUGUCAGCACGAGGGAGGAGAGGGUCAGAGCUUGCGUCCCCCAGGAGAGGGUGACGUCACCGCAGAGGCCACACCCUAUGCCUGACCCCGCCCUCUUCCUAGUGCCGCUUAGAUACCGCCUCCUCCGCUUGAACCAGCCGAUCAGAACGCAGAAUGGAGAGGGGAUGGAGGACGAGUGGGAGGAUAUAGAGGACAGCAGGGUGCACAGGAGGGUGGACAUGGGAGCAGGAGAGGGAGAAACUGCUCUGUGAUGAAGACAGAAAAGACAACGUUGUCUUCCAGCAAGUUUUUGGCCAAGAUCAACCAACAGCUGAAGCAGUUAUUCUAGAAAAAAGCUUAAGACAAGAUGUAACCAUGUGAUUGUCUGUAGAUUUCAGGAAGUGAGUUAAAUAUUUAGAAGUUAGUUGCACAAGAGCGUGUGAUCACAACAGCGUAUUAACCUAAUCCGUCACAUUGAUGGUACAACGUGUACUUUGAAAAUGUGAAGAUAAAAGAGCUGGUCCAAAAAAAAAGACUGAAUAGUGGUACAGUUUCAUAUGGAUGCCUUUUGAUUUUAACACUGUUGAUCACGGCUUUUGCUGGUAAUUAGUAGCCUUGCCAUGAAUACUGUGAACACACCGUACUGUUGACGUACGUGGCAACCUGCUUUUUCACUGCACUAGCUGCAUUCCAGGUGUGAAAAGUCACUCGAGAAGGCUUAGGGACAUUUUGUAUGAUUUGCACUUUAUUAAAUUCAUGCAAUGUGCCUCGUCAUGGCAGAGAAUUAUUUCUGGAGUAUUGUUGUCUUUUGUCUCAGUGUUUAAAAAGUUUGUGUCACAGCAAUACUUCAUAAGCACUACUAGCUUUAUUGAUGGCUCUGUUCUGUGAGUAAGCCAUGACAAUGUGAAAGUGAGCCAGCAUGAACAAUACCAGGACCUUGACACAGCUAAAUGGAAUUGAGCCUUUUAUUGAUUUUAUUAUUUGCACCUUUGCUUUUCCUACAAUGACAUGUGAAAAUAUCUGCUGUAAAAAAGGCCUGUGUGGCUACAAAGAUGUUCUGACCAACUGCUCUCAAAUCUAUUAUUUAUACUCAAAUUGUAUAAGAGCUGAAAUGAUUAUCCAAUAAAUCGAGUAGUCAGCCGCAUCAAUAAAUCGAUCAUACACGUCAUUAGUCAAGCAAAAACAUUAAACAUUUAUUAAUUUCCUUUUUUUUACAAAUUUGUGAUGUUUUAUAGGUCAAACUAUUUAUCAACUAAUCAAUAGAAUAAUCUGACCUAAAUUGUACAAAAUAAAAACAUUCACCAGUAUUAAAUAUCAGCAUAACCCUCACAGAACGGUUUACAGCCCACUUCUGGAUCUGGACGAUUGUGAUGACUGAGUCUGACCAUCCUUCAUUUGCAAUCUGCAUCU